AUGCUCAAGAGGCCUUCUGCUGACGAGACGGCGAGGAUUAUUGCGAAGAAGGGCAAGUUUGUGGAAACAAUGAAGAAGCCGGCGGCCGCAGGAGGUCUCAAGGCUACGAUCGGGAAGAUGAAGGCCGGGUGCGAGGAGGAGCAGCACGAUGAGGAGGAGCUGCCGAGCGACGAAGAUGCGGGCGAUAGUGCUCGGGACAAGGGGAAAGGGGAGAAGUUCGCGGCCAUGCUCAGGUCGGAUAGCUUGCCGCCCCACAUCAAGCACCUUUACAACGAGGUGGCAAAGUCCAAAUCCAGUCCACGGGACUUCAGAACACAGGUCAUAAACUCCUUGUUCGAACGGAAGGCCAAUGGACGUUUCCAGCUACGGGACGACAAGCCGCUAUUCACCGAAGUCAAGGAGCUAUACGAGCGAAAAUACUCCACGGACCGUGCCCUGGCCUAUCCGAGGUCCGUGAUGAAAGGCUUGUAUUUUCAAAACUCAGAAACGGCCUUUCAGGCUGCGCUUGAUUGCGGCGAUAUCCAGGAGGUGGAGGACCCGACCAACCCGAACAGCAAGGUCAAGUACUUCGCCUACAGGAAGCUCGAGACCGGGAAAGAGACUGGGACGAAUCACAAGUCCAAGCUGACUCGCCAAAGUCGGCCCAAUGCUCAGGCGGCAGAUCUUUUAGCUGACAUGUAUAGUUCCCUUGGGUGGAAGUUCAGCUACAGGAACCAUGAGAAAAUUGAGUCUGGGAAGCUCCCCGCUUCCAUGUCGGGCCUUCUCAAUGAAGCCAUCGAUGCCCAGACGAAGAUGCAAGCCGAUGCUUUGAAGCUCAUUCCGCUGGAGCACACCUCGCCCGAGAACUGGAAGUCCUUGAAAGCGAACUAUGUGAAGAGCACCCAAAACCAGGCUGACAUGAAGCACCUCGUGCAUUUCAAGGAGCACCCCGAUGGCUCUACGACCCUAUCGAAAGCCUCCUUCGACGAGUUCAUGCUCCGUGUGGCGACGGAGACCCAGAAGUUUUUGGAGGAUGUGGAAGCGGCCAAAGGCCGUCUGAAG